AGAGGACCCUUUUAUCUCCACCUCAGCGGAACGCCAUGUCCUACUUCCCACAGGCAUGGCAGCCCAGAAUGGAUUUGGAGCAGGUUUUGGAGGGGGCAGAAAACCCCACAAGCCAGGAUAUGGGAACGGAAAUGGACUGGAUGCCCUGCCAGGAGUAGGUGGGAAGUCUCAGAAGCCAGGCCCUGCUACUCAAAAUGGCUAUGGACAAGACUAUGGAACAGACAUGAAGUCCCAGAAGCCAGGAUUUCGGAAUGGGCAUGGGCUUGGAGUCCAGCUGGGGUACAGAAAUGGGCUGGGAGCUAGAGUCUUCCAAGGUCAAGGAGCACAGCCAGGGUACAUGCCAGAGAACAGGCUGGGGAUGGGGAUCCCGCCAGGCCUGGGAGGGGGAAUGAAACCUCCAAAGACAGGCAAGUGA